AUGUUCCUCAUUGCCCACCUGUGCACCAUGGUCCACUUGGACACCACCAUUCUCAUGGCCACCAUCAUCCUCAUGGUCACCUUCAUCCACAUGGCCACCAUCAUCAUCAUGGUCACCUUCAUCCACAUGGCCACCUUCAUCCUCAUGGCCACCUUCAUCCUCAUGGCCACCAUCAUCAUCAUGGCCACCAUCAUCAUCAUGGCCACCAUCAUCCUCAUGGUCACCACGGCCACCAUGGGCAUCAUCUUUAAUAACCUUGAGAAAAGGUAAGUAUGACUCCUUUUCUAUAACUAACAUACACUAGAAUAUUACAAACUAUGCAACAAUGUGCAAUGUCAAUCAGCAGUGGCCAAGGCCAGUAAGGUAUUGUCAUGCAUGAAAAAGGGCAUUCAUUCUCGGGACAAGAAUAUAAUUUUGCCUCUUUAUAAAUCACUGGUAAGACCCCAUAUUGAAUAUGCUGUGCAAUUUUGGGCACCUGUUCUAAAGAAGGAUAUUAUGGCACUAGAAAAAGUGCAGAGGCGGGCUACAAAAUUAAUAAAAGGAAUGGAACAUAUCGGCUAUGAAGAAAGGUUAACAAAUUUAAACCUAUUUAGUUUAGAAAAACGUCGCCUGAGAGGGGAUAUGAUAACAUUAUACAAAUAUAUUCGGGGCCAAUACAAACCAUUGUGUGGAAAUCUAUUCACAAACCGGACUUUACAUAGGACACGAGGCCAUGAGUUUAGACUGGAAGAAAGAAGAUUUCGUCUAAGGCAAAGGAAAGGUUUUUUUACUGUAAGAACAAUCAGAAUGUGGAAUUCUCUGCCUGAGGAAGUGGUUUUAUCAGAGUCCAUACAGAUGUUCAAACGGCUACUAGAUGCAUACUUGCAAGAACAGAAUAUUCAAGGAUAUAAUCUUUCAAUGUAGGGUAAUAACUGCUUGAUCCAAGGAUAAAUCUGACUGCCAUUCUGGGGUCAAGAAGGAAUUUUUUUCCUAGUUUGUUGCAAUAUUGUGCUUCAAACUGGGUUUUUUUGCCUUCUUUUGGAUCAACAGCAAAAACCAAAUGUGAGGUAGGCUGAACUUGAUGGACGCAAGUCUCUUUUCAGCUAUGUAACUAUGUAACUAUGUAACUAUGUAAUAAUAUAAUAUUUAAUAUAAGGAAUAUAAUAUAUAAACACAAUGCUUAACUUAUUUAAAUAAUCCAAUUUCCCAAGUAUAUUUGGAGUCUCUUUUCUAUCCCAUGGGCAAGAGUUAGCCACAGAUAUCACAUUGUGUGAUAUUUACAUUAAAAUGUAAAGGUUAAAUGGUUAAAUGGUUAUUUGGGAUAGUGCAAGUAACCUUAGAUGAUACUACCGAGCAGAGAUCAAACUCUAAUCAGGAGUACAAGAGAAGGGCUAAAGGGGUAGCAGAAAGGGCUUAACCUUAUAUGACAUAUACAAAAAAAAAAAAAAGAUAGUAGGGGGAAUAUCUCCCGUAUACACGAGACAAUCCUCCUACCCAAGCUACCCCGAAAAAAUACCUAUGUAGGCUAGAAAAUGACACAGUGAUAUAAUGUCUGAAAAAAUCUUUAAUUACAAAAAUUCACAUUCCCUACAUACCAAGUGUGGCUAAAAACAAAUACCAAACAUAGAGAAAAAAGAAGAAAAAUAAAAAUAAUACACUAAUAUCAGCUCACAUUCACUGCUAGAUAGAUCUGUAACAAAAAGAGUAAUUGAGUAGCAAACUCAGAUGUUACAUAGACAUAAUAAGUAGAGACAAUGUAACAAAUGUCUAUUAGGAAGAUCAAUGGUCUGCAGGAAUGAGUAUAAAGAGCCAGAAAAAUGUGUAUAAAGCUGUGACCCAAUAUAGUAUCAGGUAAUGAGGCACAAAGACAAACUUUCCCCUAUAUGUACAACUAUUAAGUAAUCCUAAAUGCGCAUACAAUGAAAGAGAUAAGAAAUCGAAAGGAUAGCAAGAUGAGCAUUAAAGGAGAAAAUAUAUAGGUGGAAAUAGAGAUAAAGGGGAAGAGGGGGUCAAGCUGGGGUUCCCUAUACUGGAAACGGAAGGGAACAUGAGGAAAGGGGGGAAGGGAGGGCUAAAAACAGUGAGCGGCCAUAGUACUGAGGGGGGAGGGGGGAACUAUGAUAGCCAUGGUGGCCAUCUUGGAAGUGGGAAAAACGCAGAAAUAUUAGCUAUAGGAGAAAAAAGGAAAAAAGGGGAUUGGACAUACAUAAUGAAAUAAUAACGAGCACAAGUACAUAUACAUAUAAGGAGAACAUAAUAGCAUCAUGGCAUCACUAGCAGUAUAAAAUAGAUAAAAAGUACUUAUUAUAAAGGCACUUAUAACAUAAAAUGGGUAUAACCAAAGAUCUAGGGUGAACUGGAGUAAGGUAAAAAUACAUCAUAGACAAGUUAAAAAACAAAACAAAGGAGAACUAAGAGGGAAAUACAAAAAACAGAAAUACAUUAUAAAAAUUUUCAAAAUCUGCAUUUAGACCACAAGGAUCUAGGGUUUGCAGAUUGAACACCAACUCUAUUUUUGAUCUACCUAAAAUAAUUUUUAUAUUACCACCUCUCCAGGGAGUAUUGCAUUUCUUAAUUCCAAUGCAUUUCAAAAGUUUGAGGUCUUUAUUGUGAGUGAUAAAAUGUGUGGACACUGAAUGGUUUGGAUAUCCUUUAAUGAUGUUCCUACAAUGCUACCCUAAUCUUGUUUUCAGACAUCUUGUGGUCAUACUUACAUAUUGGAGGCCACAAGGGCAUUCCAGUAAAUAGAUCACAUUUUUAGUAUCGCUACCAAUAAAGUCUUUAAUAAUAUAAGUUCUAUUGGUUCUGUUAGAUUUAAAAUGAUUAACUUUAGAUUGUGUAGAGGAGUCGGUGCUUUUACGGACUUUGCACAGUUUGCACUUGUAAAAUCCUUAGGCCCCGUCUAAGAAUGAGAGUGUAGGUUUUAAGUUUGACUUGCAUUCUCUAGUAUAUUUGGUGGUUAAAAUAUAUCUAAAAUUAGGGGCUCCUCUAAAAAUAAUAUUAGGUUUCGUAGGUAAAAUAUCUUUAAGAAGGUCAUCUUGUUUGAAAUGGUGCCAGUGUUUUUUCAUUAUCCUUUUUAUGUGACUAAUUUAUUGUUAUAAUUAAAAAUAAUAGGAAGAGUCAGGGAGUUUGAGGUGUGUCUAUCUUUAUAAGUUAAAAGUCUUUCUCUUUCUUUUUUUUUUGUAAUGUCUAUAGUGUUAUUCAAGUUUGUAGGUGAAUAUUUUUUUUUCAAUAAAUUUACUCACUGUUUUUAGCCCUCCAUUGCCCCUCCCAUUGCAUAUGCCAUAAGUGGGGAUUAAACUGCUGUAUGCCCUUCAUGCUAGAGCUGGUUAUAGCUCUUUGGAAUGUGAGUUUAUUAAGUAUCUUCUUUUAGUGACUCCUUCAGAUUGUACAUAUCGCACUAUUAUCAUCCACUUUUAUCUUUCAUAUGAGUGGAACGUUUGGACUAUUAGUCAUUGAGGACAUAACAUCCCAACAAGCUCCAAUAAAGACAUUUACUAAAGUGAUAUCCUCUUAGUUGGACAAUGUUUUGGACCUUGUCUAUACUCUGGAGAGUCUUAUAUCUCUUUUUACUGUACGUGUGUACAGGCUUUACUCCUCCUCUGCUGUUGUAUAGGUUAUUGUAUUUUUUAUUGGUUUUAUCAUAUCUGGCACAGCCCUUUCUCUCUUUUGUACUGUAUGUUCCUUAUCUAAAAGGUUAGAGAGUUCCACUUUGUUGGGCCGUAGCAUGUCUUAUCUAUCUAUUAUUAGCGCUGACCCUUUUGCACCUUUUAGUUUUGAAUAAUAGUGGGCAUUUUAUGUGCUUUUUUUUUGGAUGGCUGCCAUUUAUAUGCCUGCCAUUUGGAAUUUGUAGAUUUAUUUAUGAACUGUUUCUGUAGUGUUAGUGCUUGUACAGAGUGUUAGUGCUUGUACGGAGCAGAUUCCAUUAUUAUGUGUAUAGGGGAUGUUGUGUGGGUAUGGGAGGUACUGUGUGUGCUUGUGUGUAGGGGAGGGAGUAUGUUUUUGAUGGGGAUGCAGUGUGUGUAAGUAAUAUAUUGUGUGUGCUGAUGAUGUAGUUUGUGUUGGGGGUGUAGAAUGAGAUACGGGGAUGCAGUGUGUGUAGGGAAUUUAUUGCGUGUGUGUGCUGGUGAUUCAGUUUGUCUAGGGGAUGCAGUGUCUGUUUGUGUGCUUUUAGAUGCAGUGUGUGUGUAUGCUGGGGAUGUAGUUUGUAUGUGUGUUUGCGCAAUAUAUGCAGUAUGUGGGUGUUUGUGCUUGAGUGAAGUGUGUCUAUGUGCGUGCUAGAGAACCAGUGUGCCUGUGUGUGCUGGGGAUGCAGUGUGUCUGUGUGUGUGCUGGGGAUGAAGUGUAAUGUGUGUCUGCUGGGGAUGAAGUUUGUAUGUUUGUGUGCUGGGGAUGCAGUGUGCGUCUGUGUGUAUGCUGGGGAUGAAGUGUGUACCUGUGCGUGUGCUAGGUAUGCAGUGUGUCUGUCUGUGUGCUGGGUAUGCGGAGUAUCUGAUUGUGUGCUAGAGAUGCAAUGUGUGUCUGUUUGUAUGCUUGGGAUGAAAUGUGUGUAUGUGUGCUGGAUUGAUGUGUGUGUCUCUGUGUGUGCUCGGGAUGCAGUGUGUCUGUGUGUUUGCUGGCAAUGAAGUGUGUGUCUGUUUGUGUGCUCGGUAAGCAGUGUAUAUAUGUGUGCGCUAAGGAUGAAGACCAAUAAAGUUCUGCCAUGCUUGGCAAGUAAUUUCAGAGCAAAAUAUGUACAUAAUAUUGAGUCCUCAGCCAACCCUAGGACUUAGGACUGUAGCCCCAGUCAGCUUUACCCUCCCGCCGAACCCAAUUUUUAGGAUUUUGGGUGGCCUGGGGGACAAAUGCUCCCCCGACCCAGCACAACCCGGUGGUGGGGCUGAUCGGGUAAGAUGAGGUCUUUCCCCAAUUGUCAUGGGCCGGUUCCGGCUCAAAAAUUUUAUUUGGGGUCGAACGACCAUUCUUCGUAGAAAAAUGUAAGAAGUGUUUCAGAGGCUUUAAAGAACAAAAUGUGUUAUUGUAAGUACUGUUUUACUGUAAGUGAUCUUGAAUCUUGUUGAACUAUUCAUACUGCAAGACCCAGUACCUCCACCCCAGAUUGAGAAUACAAAGAUUUUAUGGUAAGGAUAAAAUAAUCAAAAAUUGGUGUUUUCCUAUUAUGUUCAUUGAUAGUGUGGUGAUUUGUAGUGUCUUGCAAUGGAUGCUUGAAGUUGCAGAGUUUAAUCUAACAACUAGAAUUUGAACAUGCUUGUGAGCCAAAUGGGGAUGGUUAUACUUCCUCUCUGUGUGUACAAGAACUUGCACUGGAUAUGCAUACAACUCUACACCUACUCUUCACCUACUUCACCCUAUGCUAUGUGAUGAACGGUACUCACACCAUGUGCUAUACUACAAUAAAGUCCCUGCUGGUUAUGGUUUUAUGAGAUUUGCUCAGCUACCAAUAAAAAUAGUAGGGGCAUCAGGAUUGGCAGAGCAUCAUGCUGGUCUUGGCAAAAUUCAAUGUAGAAUUUGCUUCAGAGUUUACAGAGAGUAUAGGGACUUUGAAGAUGAGUUUCUUUUUAUUUGACAUUUUCAUUAUGGUUUUGUAUAUUUUUAUUACAUUGUCAGUAAGGCUCUGUCCAACCUGGAGUAUCUCUUCUAACAUGAUCUGUUACAGUUUUCUAAAUAUUUAUCUCUAUAUUUAAAUUUCUGAUGCUCAAGUCUACAUGGUGAAUGAAGCGUCGGACUAAAAGUAAUAUGGGGGAGGGAAGAGGCUAAGUGUAUAUGUGUGUGAUAGGUGAGUGUUACCUGUGAGGUGUCUGAAUAUUGUGUGUGGAAUGGAGUAUGAGUGUGUUGGGGGAGGAGGUUAAGUGCAUAUGACGAAUUGUCCCCCUCACAAACUAAUCUACAUUUUUCUAUAUGGCCCCCUCUUGCUUACCUUGUGGUGGGGGGUGUUAUCUCUUGUGGUCCAGUGGAGGAGCUUUGUGGUCUGAAUGUUUAUCGUGACUAUAAUUCCCACUAGCUGCGGUGCUCUGAGUCAUUAAUAAGUUCAGUGAUCUCUCAAUGACCUUUUAGCCCUAUGCCACCUAAAAGGUAAUAUCCUAGCUCUUAGUAUAUGCUCUGUUACCAAUAAAAUAAUAGAACCAUGAAGACUGGCAGAACCCUGUUCUGGUCUUUGAAAGGCUCACAAUACAAGCUGCAACACGUAGAAGGAUUGCAGAAAAUAUAAGCGAGUUCACUGAGAGACCACGCAAAACCAAGAAAUUAUCCUGAUGACAAUGGGAGUAUCAGGAUCUAUUAAGAAAGUAAAGUCAUAUCAUGUAGCCAUUACUAGAUUCUGGGGGUAGGGGGCUUUGACAGGUAAGUAUUUUUUAAAUUGUAUUUUAUUAGUAUUAGCUCUAUUAUACAUUGUACAUUAAACAAAGGUAGUCUACUACUGACUGUUUGGUUAAAUGUACAUUAAAAAGAAAUAGCUAAAAUUGUAUUGGUUAUAUUAAUAUGCAAAAUUAACUAAAAUUGUUGGAUGUUUACCUGAGGCACUGGAAUUGGACAGUCCUGAAUGUAAUUAUAUUUAAUUGUUCCUAUGUAUAGGAAAUCAUUUAAUCUCUCUUAAUACUAAUUUCUCUUAUUUUCCCCUUUAGCAACAGCAGCCUAGGCAUGGAUGCAGCUCACAUUGAUUACUAA